AUGGAUCACCUGACUGAGCUCUUCCAGGAGAUAUGGCGUCAAGGUGAAGUCCCGCAAGAUUUCAAAGACGUAACCAUCGUGCAUCUCUACAAGCGAAAAGGGAACCGCCAAGUCUGCAGCAAUCACCGUGGCAUCUUUUGGCGGACCCACCUGUGCUCUACCUUCGUUGACCUGACGAAGGCCUUCGACACGGUGAAUCGUGAAGGACUGUGGAAGAUCAUGCAGCAAUUCGGCUGUCCGGAGCGAUUCAUUCAGAUGGUGCGUCAGCUGAACGACGGUAUGAUGGCGCGAGUCACGGACAACGGAGCUGUCUCAGAGGCAUUCGCAGUGACCAACGGAGUGAAGCAGGGAUGCGUGCUGGCGUCCACCCUCUUCAGCCUUAUAUUCUCUGCCAUGCUGGUGGACGCCUACAGAGAUGAACGCCUGCGAGAACUUCGGUCUGGUCAUUAA